AUGAGAAUCUUACUUGGGAAAGGCAAAUCGGAAACAUACAGACUAAAAUUUCAAAAGGUAUCGGCAUGUUACGGCGAAUGAAAAAAAUAAUUCCUAAAACAACAUUGAAAAAAGUAUAUAAUGCCAUUAUAUUACCACAUUUCGACUACUGCAGCCUUGUUUGGGAUAAUUGUAGUGAUUAUUUAAUUGACAAACUUCAAAAACUGCAAAACAGAGCGGCACGUGUAAUCACUGGCAGAACAUACGAAACAAGAUCACGCGAUGUUUUAAAAGAACUACAUUGGCAACCCUUGAAAGAACGCCUUAAGCACAAAAAACUAUUUUUUAUGCAUAAAGUAAGGAAUAAUGAACUGCCAAUUAGUAUGAUGAAUAUGUUUGAUAUUAAAACAAACUCUCGGUAUAACCUCCGUAGCAACAAUCGAGAUUUCACCCUUGACAAACCAAGUACAAAUUUUUUGAAGAAAAGCAUAAACUAUACAGCCUCUUCGGCCUGGAAUAAUUUGCCUCUUGAGGCUAAAGGUUCAGGAAUUACUAGUCAGAAAUUCAAGUCCAUUCUUGAUCAUUAUUCCUCGCGUUAAAGUGUAUGCACUUAACCUAAAUUUAAUUAGUGCAUUCGUUUGUAAGGGGGAGGGGGGGGGGGGAGGGUUAAUCGUCUUAUAUUGCUAUAUAUGCAUGCCUGUAGUUCUACUUAUCUGUAUUGUACUGUAUAUUUAUAUUAUGUAAUAUUUUUAACCAAACGGCCUCUUGAAAAACAGGUGCGUAAGUGCCCUGAAGAGCUACCGUUUCCAAAUAUGAUUAAAUAGUAAAAUAAUAAUAAUAAUAUAUAUGAUUAAAUAAUAAUUAUGAUAAAUUCAAAAUUUGCCGCGAAUUUAUCAUAAUGAUAAAUUCGGACGUGUUUAAGAAUUUACUCGUAUAGUAAAUUCAAAGGUGGAGUUCAUGCUGGAUAUAUCAAACGCAUCUGAUCGGUUAAUGGUCCCUUAAUGGUAGAGGUAGUGGAAGUCCAAUCUGAACUUCCCUAACGGCAACUAUCGAGACCAACUAACGAUGCAUAACAGCUUGAUCUAUACUGGCAAAGGUUCUCCUCCGUCUAAAAUUCGUCUCGAAUUAUGAAAUUUUUUCGACGUUUCGUCGAAUGCCCUUUCUCGUGGUGAUUCUUUGAUCUACUAUUUAUACACAUCGUCCAUAAGACGAACAUUCACCGAUGCUCCGCCUGUUCUGCGCAUUGUCAAUUGUUUCUGUCAACACCCUGGCUAGGCCUCUGUCAUACGCAGACCAUGUCAAAAUAACGGCGAGGCACAGGAAACGCAAAGGGAUGGUAUCACCCAUCCGUAAUAUUCGGACUUACACAUUUACUUUUUGAUAGGCGAAACGAUCGUUAAAGAACAUCCUUCAAAAGUGCACGCAUCUACCGGCGCUGGAACCUCUACUUCACGAUGCCCCACCCAACAUUCUAAAACACGUGGUUGGCCAGUUUGCUAAAGUGUUACCUCAUGAUAGUAAAGCGCGGAGAGUGUUCGUUACAACCGGAGGGUUGAAGAAAGUUCAGGAAAUUAAAGCAGAUCCUGCUUCAGCACUUCAUGAACAUAUCACCACCAUCAACAGUUGUUAUCCUGAGGAAAUUGUCAGGUAUGAUUUUACGCUUGUUAGGCAUGUCAGAGUCUUCACCUCGUCCGCCCUCGAAGGCAAACGGCAGAAUUGCGCGAUAUUUUAUAGAGCAAGUAGGUGGGGCAAGGAAUCGUGAGGGAUAACUGGUGCAAGUCAGAGAAUAACCAGAGUUCUGAUUCUGGCAAGCGUUGUGCAAUUCUGCCAUUUACAGGAUUGCUUUCGACGAGCCUAUCAGCGACUAGCGAUAUGUGAUUUUUUAAGGUUGCAAUGGAUAAUCUCAUGAUAGUGUUCCCUAGGAAUUUUUCUUUUGUUCCCUUGUUCCUUGUUUUGGCUUUGUUCCCAUUGCAAAACAUACCAUGUUCCCUGGGAGACCUUCAACUUUGUGAAUCAUGUAAUUAAUAUUCAGUUAGCUAUCUCUGUAUUAACUGUAGCCUGUGAAUGUAUUUGGCUAAAAGCAAUGCUUCUCGGUAGUUAACUUCUCACAUAUCACCUACAAGAUCAUAAAUGAUAAUUUUUGUUUUUCCUCAGAUAUUAUUCGCCUGGUUAUUCAGAGCAACUACUGGAGAGAGUGGAACAAUAUCAACCUGUAAUUUAA